AUGCCCGCGGACUACCAGUCCACCGCCAGGGCAUUGUCUCUUUCUCCCUCAUCGCCCGAUCCUAUACCUUCUUCCCCUGACGAUGCUGAACCUUGGAAUCGCGCGAGGCGGAACUCCGCUCGCUGGUCUGGCGGGCAGAGCUAUCGCGAACAGAUCAUACAACGCGGGACAGAGUUGUACCAACGGGCGGAUAAAAUGUGGCAGGAGAUGACUCUGUGGCAGAAAAUCGCCUACAUUUGUGUUUCUGUACUCUUGGGCGCAUCUGGCAUUGGAUUCCUCGUCUUAACAGGGAAGGUGUUCAUUUGGCUUGGACCGGUCGCUGAGAAGUGGGAAAGUUCGUGGCUGGUUGCUUUCGUGCUGUGGCUAUGUGUCUUUUUUGUCUCAUUUCCUCCAUUGCUGGGAUGGUCUACAUUUGGCACGGUAGCGGGCUUCAUCUUUGGCGUGUGGAAAGGAUGGCUUAUCUACGCCUCCGCGACAAUUCUUGGAUCGACUGCCUCGUUCUAUGUUUCUCGGACGAUUCUGUCUGGGUUCGUACAUCGUUUGAUGGAGCGUGAUAAGAGAUUCGCGGCACUGGCCCUGACAUUGAAGUAUGAUGGGCUCAAACUCCUGUGCAUGAUCCGCUUGUGUCCUUUGCCUUAUUCAAUCUGUAACGGCGCCGUGUCUACGUUCCCCACAGUGCAGCCGUUGAUGUAUGGACUUGCCACGGCCAUUAUAUCCCCCAAGUUGCUGGUUCCUGCAUUUGUUGGUAGUCGGAUUCGCCUUCUCUCUGAAAAGGGCGAGGAGAUGAGCGCGGGAUCCAAGGCCGUCAAUGUCUGCAGUAUCAUCUUUACAGUUGGUAUUGGAAUCUUUACCGGGUGGUAUAUUUACCAAAGAACUUUGGCCCGUGCAGCCGAGCUCGAAGCUCAAGAGCGAGCAGAUCCUCGAGGCUCCUUCGAUGCUGAUCAUGCAUCGCGUCGCCCUCAUGGGUUCUCAACUGAUCCUAAUGCCAACAAAGUGGAUAGUGCGCUUGCCAGAGACGAAGAGGAGCGUAUUGGAUUCACCGAUUUGGACGACGAUAACGUUGAUCUCGCGCUGGGUGACAGUGACAGUGACCAGCCUGGUCCCUGGAAGAACUCGAACCGCCGAUCAUACCAUGACGAGUUCACGGAUAAUGACUCGGAUGGAAUCGCAGAGGAGGAUGCCUUUGGGCUGCACAAUCAUGUUCCCAAAUAA